UAGUUGGAGCCUGUAAAAAUCCUCGCAGCGGCGGUGGCCGCGGAAAGAAGGAGAAAGAGGGAGGCGGAGAGGCAAGCAAAUGUGAAACAGCCGCGACUGUCGGGAGUGAAGGCGGCAGCCGCCGCUUUCUCGGCCGGGUGUGAAGGCGAAAACACCGCUUUUCCUUCUCAGUGACGGAAGGGCGGCGGGGGGCUGGCAGAGAGUUCCCGCACAAGACCCCCUCACCUGCCCACACAGCCUAGACCCGCGACGAGCCUUGAGGUGAAUUGAGGGCUACCUUCCCGCCAAAAGAAGGCCCGCCACCUGCUUAGGGCAAAAGGAAAGUCGAAGAAGAGCCCAGCGAGAGAGCAGCGGCGCGGUAGGGAGCGGAGGGACCCCAGCGUGGGCUCCAGCCAGAGGCCAAGGAGGACUCGGAACUAGCCUCCAGCAAAGGGGGGGGGGCUUCUCCUCGCCGCCGCCGCCGCCAGCAAGGAACGAAAGGAGCGGAAAGGGCGCGCCAGAGACGGCGGGCUCUCCAACCCGCACUUCGGAGCGGCAGGGAGCAGCGCAAGCAGUCCAGAAGGGAGCCGUCGCCGCCUCCGGAGUGGGCUGGCUUGGAGACAGGACGCGGGACUUGAGCAGACACGCCUCGCCAUCUGCAGCCCCCAGAACUGGGCAGCGGAUCCUUCGCUUCGAGUGGCUGGGUGGAAGUUUCCCCCCAAGUGGGUCUUUCCGGACUUUGGAAAGGAUCGCGCGUGACCCCUAAGGAGGGGCAUUCCGGCCAGGUCCUCUGUGUAAAACGCAGCCACAAAAAGCCAGCACAGGUGUGUGCAAAGAGAACUAGUUCGCAGUUUGAAAGCGUGGGAUCCAGGGAAGGCAGGCGAGCACAUCCGCUGCUUCUCUCGCCCUUCGUCUUGUGGUGCGAGGAAGGAGCCGGCGGGACCCCUACCCGGGCAGCGUGCAGGGUGAUGGCAAAGGCAAGGGGGCCGUGAUCGUCGUAACUAGUGGCUCUGGUGAAGACGGACUUAGUCGCAGGUCAAGACCUCGUCAGUGGUCCCCUCUGGUAGCUGAGUAGAAGGAAGGAAGAUUUCUCCGGAAUCUAGCAACUCUCCUACCACCCCGUCCAGCUCAUGGCAAUAUGAAAGCUGUCGCUCUCCCCCUACUCUUCUUCUUAGCCACCCUGCUGAUCUUUGCCGCACCAGCUGUGCCCCUGGAAGUGGGGAGCUCCCCGCUGGGCUCUCGCCAGCCUCAGCGGGAUGCCCCGAGCUUCUCCCGGCUGCAGAGGAAGACCUUGGCCAUGGAUUUCAUCGUGCCCUCUCUGUUCCGAACCUACCUGCGGGAGCUGGUGCUGGGAAGCGGCGGGGGCGAAGCCUUGGGCUGGUUCCAGGCCCGCUGCAGCCUGGUGCUCGACUGUCCGCCUUUGCUGCGCGCUGCUCGCCUUUGGCUCCCCCGGAGGGGAUUCCCUGAGCCCGCUGGCCGCACCAGGACCCCGUCCAAGGUGCUGAAAACGGGCUCGGUGAGGAAGCUGCGCCGCGCCAAGCAGCUAGUGCUGGAAGUGGGAGAAGCCAGCCUGAGGGAAGGCUGUGCGUGGGAUCCUGCCGGGGAAAGAAGCGAAGCAGAGGUGGGCCAGCUCGAGUUUAACAUGACCGAGGAAUUCAGCUGGUGGGUCCGCUCUGGAGAAGGGAGGCUGAGGAUCCGGCUGAUGCCCGAGAGGCAGGCGUCUUUCCUGGGCAGAGAGAGCAGCUUAUCCGCGGCGAUCCGAGCUUCCCAGCCGCGCCUGUUCUUCCAGAUGGCCACGAGAGGUCUAAACAUUGUGGAAUCUCCAGCAAAUAUUUCCCCACUUUCUUCAGACUUUUCUGCAUGGAAUUUGUCCUGGGUCAUGAGAGAUUCCUUCCCCCCCUUCAUUCCCAGAGGACGUCAUUUUUUUGACUGCAAUUUUGAAGCACCCUGUGAUUUAGAAUAUUCCCCACCCUUAAGGGAAAGCCAUAACCAGUCCUGGCACAGAGUGAGUGCAGAUGAGCUAUCACAACUCCAUCUUUUAGAUGGUCCGGAGAGGGAUUAUUCUGAAGAUUCAACAAAAGGUUCAUUCCUAUACCUAAGUACAUCACAAAGCAUGAACUUCCUCAUUUUGAGCCCUUGGCUGAAAAGCAACAGUGAAGACUGUACUGUACAAGUGGCUGUCUAUAAAUACUUCCAGCAAAGUGGGGAAUAUGUUGCUCAAGUCCUCCGUGUCAAUGAAAGCAGCUUCAAAGUCCCAUUGACCCCGAGCAAAGAAAAAGGAAAACACGGCCUUUGUAGCCAGCUUGGAGAGCCAAACCAAGAAAACUGUCCUCCUCCUUCCUUGGCCCUGGGAUAUCAGAUGACUGUAGAUGAAGCUGGAAUGUUUAUAUUCAUCCUCGAUUGUCAGUCACAGUAUAACACAGGACUAGUUCUAGAGGACUUUGAAGUGGCUCUUUUACGAUGA